AUGAACUUCUUCGAUCGAGCAACUGAUGGGUACAGUGAAAGUAAUUUGCUUGGCAUUGGGAGUUUUGGAUCUGUUUACAAGGGGAUUCUCAAUGACGGAAGGUCUAUUGCUGUAAAGGUUUUCAAUUUGGAACUGGAAGGAGUGCUCAAGAGCUUUGAUGUAGAGUGUGAAGUCCUGAAGAACCUUCGCCAUCGAAAUCUUGUGAAGGUCAUCAGUGGUUGUUGGAACCAGGAUUUUAGGGCCUUGGUGCUUGAAUACAUGUGCAAUGGAAGCCUUGAGAAGUGUCUGUAUUCUGACAACUAUUUCUUAGAUACUCUACAGAGAUUGGAUAUAAUGAUAGAUGUGGCAAGUGCAGUGCAAUAUCUCCACGAAGAAUAUUUGACGCCUGUGAUUCACUGUGAUUUGAAGCCCAGUAAUGUCUUACUUGAUGAAGAUAUGGUUGCCCACGUCAGCGACUUUGGUGUUGCAAAAAUGCUGGAAAAGGAGGAAAGCUUUGCAUGGACCAAGACCUUAGCUACAAUUGGCUACAUUGCUCCAGAGUAUGGAUCUGAGGGGUUGAUAUCAGCAAAAUGCGAUGUUUAUAGCUAUGGAAUCAUGCUGAUGGAAGUUUUUUCAGGAAGAAAGUCUAAUGAUGAGAUGUUUGCUGGAAAUUUGAACUUGAAGAGUUGGAUAAAUGAUUCUCUACCUAAUUCGAUUCUUCAAGUUAUUGAUGCUGAGUUGUUGAAGCGUGAGGAUGAAAAUUUCACUGAGAAGUUGGAGAGUUUAUCAUCAAUCAUGGAAUUGGCCUUAAAAUGUGUUCGUGAAUCUCCAAGCGAGAGAAUUAGUAUGAAAGUUACGCUGGAGACACUGAAGAAGAUCAAACUCAAAUUCUUGCGGGUCAAUUAA